UUUUUCAUCUAAUAAAAGUUAUGUAUUUUGGGUAUCAUUCAUGGAGCAAAUGCUGCUUAUAUAAUGUAUAUUCAUCUACGACUCACAUGGCCAAAUUGUUUGAACCUUUUUCCAAAAGUUAAGAUUUUUUUGUUGAAUUCAUUCACUGUAUCGUUGAUGUAUAUGGAAACUUGAUUUUUUUCGUUUGUGACCAAUGAUUUCACUACUGUUUCAUGUAAAUCUACAUAGUAGAAAGAAAUUCAAUUACAGUCAUAGAAUAUUUUCCAAUUUUUUAACAUUUCAAUGGUAGCGUCAUCUCCAGCAGACUAUUUUCAAGUUUUGCUUUCCUAUGCUCACUUGUGUUUUCUUAACCUCGAGUUUAGCAAAGUUUGAUGAACAAGUGCAAAUAUCAAACUUUUUUAUGAUUCUUUCAUUUUAAGUAUCAAUCAAAUUUAUGUUAAACAAUUUAUAUGUUGAAUUGAUCUAGAAGUAUUAUCGUUCAAAAUGGAUUACAAGGAGCGGCUAAAAAGAUUUACGACCAUUUUAAAUUCUCAAAAGCCAGUGUCUCUUCCUGGAUUAUGUGGAUUAUGUCUACAAGGCAUUCCAGACGAGUAUUCGAUACGUUCAAAAGCUUGGAUGUUGAUGCUAGAAUACUUGCCCACUGAUAAAUUACAAUGGAAAGACGUCUUGAGUAGUCAUCGAAAAACUUAUACAUCAUUUGUCCAGGAACUCCUCAUAGACCCGUGGAAAAAACUCAGUUUACAGGAGAAUUCUGAAGACGCAGAGGCUGAGGAUCAUCCUUUAAGCACGAAUAAGGACUCAAAAUGGAAGCAAUAUUUUGAAGAUAACCAGACAUUGGAACAGAUUGACAAAGACAUCCGACGAACUUUACCUGACCUAUCUUUUUUUCAAGGAAAAUCAGAAAGCGCCAUGAAUUUUUCCGUUUCCUCUGUUGCAGAAGCUCAAACGGAGGAUUCUACUUCAACAAAAGGAAGCACCGCAUUUUCGAUGCAAACUGGAUUUUCAAUUGAAGACAUUCCAUUUCAGAGUGAAGAAGAAUUCUUUCAGUUUCUUGAGGAUUCACAUCGCUCUCUCCAAGAAAGAAUUUAUCAUCUAGAAAAUGAGUCUCCUACUUCCUCUAGUAUUAUUUCCAGCAAACCAAGAAAAAGCAUAGAAAAAUCAAUUCAAGAAAACGAGGAUGAGUUAGGAAUCCAUCGAGAGGCUACAGAACGAAUUUUAUUUAUUUAUGCUAAAUUAAACCCCGGAAUUGGUUACGUUCAAGGCAUGAAUGAACUGCUCGCUCCUUUAUACUAUGUCUUAGCAACUGACCCUUCUUAUGAAAAUCGGUUUUAUUGCGAAUGUGACUCCUUCUUUCUAUUUACCAAGAUGAUGGUUCAAGUUCGAGACCUUUAUGAAAAAACUUUGGAUCACGACUCUGGUCAUGGUAUUUAUUUUUUAAUGUCAAAAUUCACAGAUCGUUUGAAGCAAUAUGAUUUUGAACUAUGGCAGUGUAUGCAUAGGAAAGAAAUCAAUCCCACGUACUACUCUUUUCGCUGGUAUACCUGCCUUUUCACUCAGGAAUUCCCUUUGCCAGAUGUUAUACGCCUUUGGGACUCGAUUAUAGCUGACCAAACGCGAGCACGUUUAUUAGGUAAAAAUGAAGAUGGCUUCAAUGGCGCAUUCGACUUUACUAUAGAUUUUUGUUGUGCUAUUCUGAUUGAAUUACGAGAAUAUCUCCUAAAAUAUAACUUCGCUGAUUCUAUCAAGCUACUUCAAUCUCAAUUUUCUGCGGACAUGCCAACCCUGUUGAACGUGACUUUUGAAUUGGAAUCACUAAGGAAAAACAAACGAAUAGGAAGCGAUAUGUCUUAUAUCCCAAGAAAAUCUCUUGAUACAAACGUCUUGACUAACUCAAUAAAAAAUGGUGUGCUUGCAACCUACAACAGCGUUAAAAGCAGCAGCUCUCAAACGAACGAUAAACCCUUAGGUAAAUCAUUAGAAUAUCCAGAGAACAACACUAGAUCCUUGUUCCCCAGGUUUCGAAAUUCUCUAGAUGAAGCACCUCCGAAUCCGUUUUUUAAGAUAAAUAAUAACGUUCGAACAAUAUUUGCCCACCCUAAAACACCAGAAAAUCAGGAUUCGCAGCGAGGAUGGUCUUCUGUAAAAGCUAAGAGUAAUAACAUUUUCCAUAAAGUAGGAAAUAUCGUUGGUGAUGCUGUGCGCUAUAUAACGGAAGAAGAAGAAUAUAGCGAAGAAGAGGAUCUUACUGACACAAGUCGCAAAAUCGAGGAGUCACCCAGACGAAGAGUAGUAUCUCGAAAGAAUGUAAUUUGAUUAAUCGACAAUAUAGUUCAAUCUGUAUCAAGAAAAUGGACGAAAUAGCUUGGUUGGUGAAGGCAAUUUAAUAGGUGAUGAAGACCGAGAGGACUUUAAUUUAGUCGGAGAAGUAUUGAUAGGAGUCAGUGCUCGUUCCAUUUCUAUAGGAGGGGUGACAGAACGUUCAAGAUUUCCAAAUAAUUGUUUGAACUCUUGUAGCAAAUCUAAAACUAACGAAACUGGAUGCGUGUCCUCAACUGAAAUUCGAGUUACAUUUUUAGGGGGUCUUAGUAUACCUAAAAGGGUUAGAUUAUAGUUAUAUGGAUAUGACUUACAUGGCGCAAUUAUCUUUGCGAUUUUGUACAGAUCGUCUCUAGAAAAUUGAGCAGAAUCAGCAAAAAAUUUGAAGUGAGAUAUGAGAUCUUCCAAUAAUCUCAAUGGAGUACUAUGAAGGUGCAGUAAGCAUUGGCGAAUAGAAUAAACUCGAUGUUCUAUAUCUUUAUCUUCGGUGUAAGUUGAAUAAAGGGCAUUGAAAUAGUCAUAAAAGCUGGAACGUAUAAGGGAAUCUGAAAAUUCCAAUAAACAAAGUUUU